AUGCCUCCACUACUGUCACAACUCUCCUCAGACGAACUUGGUCAAAUAUUUCAAUUCUUGAGUGUGUUUGAAAUUGUUCACUCUGUCUCUCUCGUUUCUAAAGAAUGGAUGAAUAUUUGUCAUGAUCAUGUUCCUCUCCGUCUAGAGUUUCCUCCCAAAAGGCUUCCUGUUUCCCUGUUCAAACCAAACCAAACACCACAAUAUACGUUUUCAAGCCAAUUCAAUCCAAAACUUUAUGAAUUCGUGAAAGUGAUCGAUCAAGUGAAAUUCAAAAUCGUUUCAGAUUUUAAAGUGAGUGGUAAUCGAAUGGGAAUGGAAGGAAUCGACAAGAUAAUUGUACCGCUCUUAACCUCUUCUAGUAAUUUAUUUGCAAGUUUAAAAAGUUUAAAUCUCAGUAAUAAUGCUCUUGGAGAUGAUGCAUUGCAACGUCUGGUGUCUGUUUCAGCAUUUCAAUGCAUCCCGAAUUUAGAAAGACUUGAUUUGAGUAACAACACUGACAUUCAUUCUGAGAGUGUUCAACUCUUGAUACAGGCCUUGAAUCAAAGUAAUAUUAAGUUAACUGAGUUGAAUUUGAGAGGAAAUACUGGAAUGAAUCAUGCUGAGUUUCUCAAUACUGACUCUCCUUCACUGUCAAGUUUAAAAUUCUUGGAUCUGAGUUCUAUUAAUAUUGGAAUGAAAGGAUUGAAAUCUCUUUUUGAAAAUACGAAUCUUCAAAACUUGACAUGCUUGCACUUGAAUCACUGUGAAAUAGGUCUUGAGGGUGCUCAAUAUAUCGCACAAUGUGGAAAUUGUUUUCACGACUCUUCAUCUGCACCACUUAAACAUUUAAAAAUUCUCCAUCUCGAUGGUAAUCCUAUCCGGACCAAGGGUGCAAAGGAAAUCGUUACAAGUGCAUACUGGUCUUCCAAGCUCACUCAUCUAGUCCUUAUGCCCAAUUUAACCUACAAUUUGGGAUACAUUUAUGAGAAUGGUGAGGAUGGUGUAACACAGGACCAUACUUUGGCCCUUUACUAUUACAAGAAGGCUGCAGAACAGAAGGAAGUGCUGGCGUUGAAUGGGCUUGGCCAAAUUUACCGCGACGGCGCUCUUGGCCAGGAGAAGAAUUUGGAGAAGGCUAUUGAGUAUUUUCAAAAAGCAGCUGAACUUGGAGACAUUCCAUCGUACUAUUCCAUUGCACAGAUUUACUACUUUACGAUCAAAGAUCUCAACAAAACUUUCGAGAUCCUUGAAAAAGGUGCCGAUGCUGGAUGUAUUGAGUCACAAUAUUUACUUGGAGUGUUGAAUAGAAAUGGUUACGGAUGUGAGAAAAAUUUUGUUGGCGCUUUUCAAUAUUUUUUUCUAUCUUCGUUAAUAGGAUCCCGCAAUGCAGAUUACGGAUUACCAAUGGCAUGUAUUUUUAAGGGUCACAUGUUUUUUAAUGGAGAAACUUUGUCCAAAGAAUCGCAAGAAUUACGUGAUGAGAAAGCCUUUGACUGUUAUUAUAGUUGCUUGAGAAUUAGUUCAUACAUACCCCUGAGAAAAUUGGCUUCCUUAAAUAUGGUUCUCAUGUCAAAAAUGGGAAAAGUGAAAGCUCAAAAGCAGCUUGAAAUGUUGAGUUGGAGUCAAAAUUACUUGAAGAAACACAUGGACUUUGAUGGUGACGUUGUUGAGUUUAAGAAAUCCAUCAAAGAAUGUUGUGACAAGGAAUUUGAGCAACUGUUGAUAACUAGGGAAUCCACUCACUGUUCAACGCCUAACUGUUGCUGCUACGAAAGGAAAAUAGAGCACGAUAUGUAUUGUGAAGGUUGUAAAAUACUGAAGAGAGAUCAACCGGUCAUUCACAAGUUCCUGAGUGAAUAUUGA